ACUUCGAAUUUCCAAGCCCUCUGUCAGUCAUACGUUGGAGUUCAAAUAGCAAACAUGUCUGUAAUAGCAGACAAGUUCAAAUCUCGUGGGGAUUCACUUAUUCUUGUAACUAGUGUAGUGACCUUGCUCACUAUUAGUCUGUUGACCACCUUCGUGUUUUACAACAAAUAUCAAUGUCAACAAGACAUGAUGUCGCUUCAAGACCAAAUCAAUAGUUUGCAAUACCAAAUGACGAGGAUCUCAAAGCAACCAGUCACACAACCCGAGUUUCGACGGAAGCGAGCGCUUCCGAUGAGUCGGGAGAGCCCAUUGAUCAUGGACGUGAGCCUCAUCGGUAACGGAGCCCAAACCACGCAAGGGCUGAGAGUUUACGAUGCGUUCUUUCAGCAUCAAAAAAAUGAACACAUUCCAAAUCAAAUUUCAAACGAAAAUUUAUACCGGCAACAAGAGAGAGUUUCACUGCCUCUGCCAACAACGAUUGCACCUCCACCGCCGUCACCUCCUCCUCGCCCAUCCAGCAACAGACGGAAAAUCCCAAUUUGGCAUGAUCAACACUCUGAUGGUUCUACUCCAGGAUCGUUCUUAGCCCGAAGAUUGUUCAAUCAUUUCCCUGAUCUUCCGUACUAUGAGAGGCGAGAAAAAAUCCCAUUCCCAAGAGAUCCAGUUGCGUACACCCCAAUAGAUGAGAAAACCCAAGGCAUAAGAGGACUCUCGAGCAAUUUCAACCUUCAAACAAAGGCUGCCAACAACAGAAGAGGCCUAAGAAUGAACAACAUCGCGGCAGAUGCCUCCUUACGGCACAACAUCGACAAUUCAUCAAGCCUAUCCGAAAAUUUUUUGGGUUUAAAGGCCAUUCAUUAUGUGGCCACAAUUAACCCUGUUAAUCCCUCCCAUCACCAUGCAACACAAGAGAUCCAAGGAUUGGGAAGGGUUGAGAAUGAAGUGGGCCGGUUCGAGCAAUGGGUGCCCGCCCGAUGGGCUUCCAGAAUGGGGGCCAUCAAGGCUUUUCCAAUGACAAAUGAAGGCCGCAUGACAAUCACUCAGUCCGGAAUAUAUUACCUAUAUGUCCAGAUCAAUUAUCUAGACUCUCAUGAUGUGAAUUCGUACCAAAUCCUGGCCAACGGUAAACCGCUCUUCUCCUGCACCUCAAUGACUCAGACGAAGCACCCAACAAGUGACAAGGCCAACACUUGCUUCACGGGUGGGGUCACUUUCCUGGAGAAAGGGGAUCUCGUGUCCAUUCACGAUUUGCAGCCGGGCAGAUUUGCCGUCCUCGUCUCGUCUCACUCCUUUUUCGGAGCCAUCCAACUCUCCCAAUUUGGAGGCCAUUGAGAGAAGAACCCUGGCAAGCCUUAUUGAGAGAUAAAUGUCGUUUAAAUUUUUGACGGAAAGUUACCCACUCGUCUUCCUUUUUGAAGGAGGGGCUUGUAUUCAUCCAUCCAUCCAUUUAGUCAUUUAAUACCCUUUGGUGAUGUCUAAAAUUUCAGGUCAAAAAUACAACCUUCACAUGAUACCGUAA